AUGCUAGCGAACAGCAUGUUCUUGGCCUGCAGCUGCACCGCCCUGGAUCUCCUCCUCUUGCGCGUCGGCGAGGGCGACGUGCGUUUCCUCAUCUGCACCGACGUCGCCGCGCGCGGCCUCGACAUCAAGGAGCUGCCGUGCGUCAUCAACAUGACCCUGCCCGACAAGGAGGAGGACUACAUCCACCGCGUCGGCCGGGUGGGCCGUGCCGAGGUGGUUGGACUCGCGGUGAGCCUCGUCGCGAGCGGGCACCGGGAGAAGGUGUGGUACUACGACCGGCGCAAGUGGGAGGGCAGGCCACUCAGCACGAAGCUCGCCGAGCUCGGCGGCUGCUGCAUCUGGUACGACGAGCCCGCCCUGCUGCGCGGUGUGCAGAAGCGACUCGGCGGCGGCGAGGUCGAGACGCUCGACGCCUUCCUCGCGCGGCUCCCGGGCGGCGUGCGCUCCCUCAACGCCAGCCUCGGCCAGGCCAAGGAGAACGGCCUCGACGCGGCGUCUGCGGAGCGCCUGCUCGCGCUCGCGCCGACGGUGGCGACGCUCGAGGCGCUCGAGACGCGGGCGCAGCUCUCCUUCUUGCUGGGGCCGACGGCGCUGUCGCAACGAGCUGCAGCUGGAGACGAUGUCGCGUUGCGGGGCGGGGCGGCGUCAUUGGGAUCGCAGCCACCUAGCCCCGCCAUUGCUGGCCCCGAUUCGGUGGCCAGCAAGGGCGCAAAGGGCAGGCACACACACCGCGCUCGCCAGCGCGGGGGACGCGGCCGAACAAAGUAA